AUGGCAUCCCGUAAAGACACCCAGGAUUCUCCCAUCAAACAAAUCCAGAUCGAAGGACUGGUGGUGAUGAAGAUCAUCAAGCAUUACCAGGAGGAAGAUCAGGGCAGUGCCGUGGUGCAGGGGGUGCUGCUGGGGCUGGUGCUGGAGGACAGGCUGGAGAUCACCAACUGCUUCCCUUUCCCUCAACACACUGAGGAUGAUGCUGACUUUAAUGAAGUUCAGUGUCAGAUGGAGAUGAUGAGAAGAUUGCACCAUGUAAACAUUGAUCAUCUUCAUGUGGGUUGGUGUCAGUCAACUUUCUAUGGUUCUUUUGUCAGCCGGGCCCUUCUGGACUCUCAGUUCAUACACGCCAUCGAAGAGUCAGUUGUGCUUAUAUAUGAUCUCAUCAAGACAGCCCGGGGUUCUUUGUGCUUGAAAGCCUGCAGGUUGACCCCAAAACUCAUAGAGAUCUGUAAAUAG